AUGUUGCGAUCAGGAAAUCCUAGAAAUCCACUUCCGCCUGCAUCAUCCACCGAAUCAGAUGAUUCAGAACACAGCCAUACCACCACCCAACGUCGAACUACCAAGACACGCCGACCUCGAGUUCCCAAAGCACGGAUCGGUCCCUCUGCAUCCUCUGCAUCUCAACCUAGACGUAACAACAAGCGACCUCGCCUCGCGGACGAAGACGAGGCCGAUAACGAUCACGAACACGACAAUCAGCCUCAAUCAAACAACCCCGACGACAUAACCCCCAACUUGUCAAAUUAUUGGCAGCUAGGUCUUCAAUGGGGACAAGUCUACGCUGACGAAAGACUUGCAAACCUCGGUGUCCCCAAAACCAAUCGGCCAUCGGCAAAAGGAGUGUUUGAAGCUCAGUGCCUCCAAAACCAAUACAACCUGCAUAAAACUAUGCUCUGCAUAGCUUUAAAAUGUAGCCGCAAGGUGAUGGAUGAAGUUUUGUUGGAAGGACCCUUGUCUCGCGAGCCCAACAUGUAUACCAACUACCAGACUUAUAGUCUCGCAGCCACCAAAACCACCAUGCCAGGCAAAGCUGUAUCCGACGGAUUUGCAGAACGGAACACCACAGUUGGUACUACUUGGUCUACAUACAACAAAGACGAACAAGCUGUUUUCACCCCGAGGCUCUUCGAACCUUUGUGUAUAGCGACUAGCGAGGCCUAUGCCCUCACCCAAACUCCACUAGGGAUCCCUGCAGCCCCUUCGCUCAAUGAAGAAGUACCUAACACGGCGACUUCAAGUAUACCAGCUCAAACAGGGCUUACUCCCCUCAGCAAGGAUGAGCUAGAACAAUACGUGCCAAUAUUCAAGCGCCUGGAUGUUGGACUCCUGGAUUACCUAUUAAUACCUCAUGACCUCCAUUUCUCUCGACUCAAGUUUCCAGAUUUAGCUGAUUGCAAUAUUAGUAAAGCACCCUACCUACGUGGAGGCUAUACAGGGAAGGGUGAUGCGCAUCCCAAAAUUUCCAACUUGCAAGAAGCUUUCAAGAAGAAAGAAUUUCGUGGUGAAGUAUACCUCACCUUCAAGCGUGCGGACGAUAGCCAAGUCUCCGAUCUGAUGCUGGAGAAAGGCCCCAGCUCUUUGACAAACAAUGAAGUCGAACUAUGGCUCGAGGAUAUCAAAUCAAAGAAAUACACUAUUGUUACAGUCGAUAAACCAUCAAAGAAAAGAAAGAAACAAAUCUCAGCCCCCCCUGCAAAUAGUCAUGUUGAACACUCACCCAAAAACGAUGCAAGUCCAGACUCGCUUGAUUCCAAUUUGGACAACAUACAAGACAACCAAAAAGAGAAUCAAGAAGUAUUAAAUAGCUUGAUUCCUAGUUCACCACUCCCUGCAUUAGAAGUGUAG